GGCACCUCCUUUUGUACUCACCCGUUAGGGCGCCCACAUUCAGGUGCGGAUAGACCGCGCCACCUGAUAGCAAGUGGUGGUGGUUGCAUGUUCCAUUGUUCACGUAUUCCUGCAAAAUCUCAGCCUCCGGUAACAAAGCUUGGAGGCAGUCAAUACACUAUAAGCUAUUCGCUUCCGCUCCUGUGUCAGAGGGAGCCGCUGAGUCCACAGUCUCCCCUGAAAUCUGCGCAAUGCUAAUACUGAAUCCUACCGGAUCGCUCUGAACUUAGGCUCUUAUUCUCUGACUUUAUUGCACUUUCUCUGUAACUCGUCAUGCAGUUUUUUGUUCUCCUUUAUAGUACUUUAAUGCACAUUUGUAAUAAACCGUGUGAACGGUAUACAAGGAAAGUUUUCUGAGACAAUAAUAAAUCUGUUUGCCAAUUUAACUGUGUCUGCAAUGGUGAAUCUGACAGAUCAUAUGACAAUUAUUUUUCCAAGUGCCCCCUUUAUCCUUCCGGUCUCAAAAUCUAAACCUGUUGGUGAAACAUUUUCCGUCAUUUAUCGUCCCCCCCCCCCGCAAAUUAUCGUUAUUUCAAUAGGCGCAACAUAAGCGAUUGCAUUUCUAAAGCAACCACUUGUGUAUGAAAUAGUUUGAAAUGCCAAGAGUUCAUUGUUAACAGCUUUGUAAAAAUAAAUGCAACAGAACAUCAAACUCAGCGGGCCAGACAGCACUUUGCGACGGGAGAUGGACUAAGUUUCGGGUCGAGACCCCGUUUGAUUGUUGAUCGACCCCGCUGCGUUCCUGCAACGAUCUGUUUUCAUUUGCUCCAGCAUCCAGCGCCUUGCACACCUUACUUGUGCUUCUGUUUGGGAAUGCAAACAUUGUGGAGCGAAUGAGAAACAUGCCGACAGUUAACCUUUUUGACACGAGAAGCUGCAGCCGCCGGAAUCCGGAGAAAUUUCAAGAGAUGUCCUCUGCCAUUUCCCUCCUCGAUGCACUUCGCUUACGAACACGAGAUUCUGGCGCACAGAACGCUGGAGGAACUCGGCAGAUCAGGCAGCACUUAUGGAAAUGAAUAAUGAGUGGACGUUUCGGGUCGGGACCCUGCAUUGGGACUGUGCUUGUUGCCCUGUAGUUUAUUGUUGUUUGCAUUUUCAAAACCGUUAAUCACAGCCUCUGCGCAUUUCAAACUAGUCAACCCCCAGUGGGUUGCUUUAGAAAUCCAUUCCCUGAUGCAGAAUUAAAAGUUUGAACGCAGAGCGAGAAAAAAAAAACUCAAAAUACACUCACCAAAUGCUGGGGGAACUCAGUAGGCCAGGCAGCAUCCGAGGUGAGGGUUCUGAUGAAGGGUCUUGGCCCGAAAUGUCGACUGUUUACUCUUGCUAUUAGAUGCUGCCUGGCCUGCUGAGUUCCCCAGCAUUUCGUGUGUGUUGCUCGGAUUUUAAGCUUCUGCAGAUUUAUUUUUCUCUCUCUCGUUUCAAAAUGCACUCUGCAGAAUGCAACGGGCAGGUCAACAUCUGUGAAAGUGGAGGUGGGAAAGCUUGCAGAGGGCGCGGGUGGUUAGCAGACUCCGGGGGCUGUAGGCGACUGUGGGGAGGUCCAUCCGGCCGUCAUCCACAUGUUGCAGGCAGGGCCGGCAACACGAGAGAGCAAGUCAUCUGACUCGGGCAGGGGAGGUCAGGCGGCAGCGGCGGAGCGGGGUGCAAUCUCGCGAGUGUCGGGUCUGUCGACCGCAGGGCGGAGAGGAACCCGCUGCAACAGCGCCGGCUGCAUUCCACCCAUUACUGCCGGCUGCGAGGGAGGCCAGGCGGGGAGCAUGAGCUUUUUAUUCGGGAAUCGUUCCUCCCGGACGUUCAAACCAAAGAAGAACAUUCCAGAAGGGUCUCACCAGUAUAAAUUGCUGAAGCAUGCUGAGGCCACACUGGGCAGUGGCAAUCUGCGAUUGGCUGUUAUGUUACCGGACGGUGAAGAUCUGAAUGAGUGGAUCGCCGUCAACACGGUGGACUUCUUCAACCAGAUCAACAUGCUGUACGGCACAAUAACAGACUUCUGCAGUGAGGAGAGCUGUCCGGUUAUGUCGGCUGGUCCCAAAUAUGAGUAUCACUGGGCUGAUGGAACCAAUGUUAAGAAGCCAAUUAAAUGUUCAGCCCCAAAGUACAUCGAUUACCUGAUGACCUGGGUUCAAGAGCAGCUGGAUGAUGAGACCCUUUUCCCGUCAAAAAUAGGUGUUCCUUUUCCCAGGAAUUUCAUAUCUGUUGCAAAAGCCAUCUUGAAGCGCCUGUUCCGGGUCUAUGCCCACAUUUACCAUCAGCACUUUGAGUCUGUCAUCCAGCUCCAGGAGGAAGCCCACCUUAAUACUUCCUUCAAACACUUCAUCUUCUUCGUUCAGGAAUUUAAUCUCAUCGAUCGACGGGAGCUGGCUCCAUUGCAGGAGCUGAUCGAGAAGCUGACCACCAAGGACAGAUAGAAGCCUGGCGGACGAGGACACAUCUGCCCCUCUUUGUCGUUAGCACCUUGCACACCGCUGGUCGGAGUCCUGCAGAGUGCACCCUGGGCAGGCAUCGAUGGAGACAGGACAAUUAUGCACGCUACCAGAUUUGAUUUAGGCCUUUGCUAUUUGUCGCAUAACAAAGGACAUAAAUCCCUCAUUACGUUCUGCGAUGUAAUCCAUUGGAUCUGUUGGAGGAUGAAUUGCUUUACCCAUGUGUUGCAUUGGUUUAUAAUCUGAAUGCUCUUGCCAAGCUUUCGCUCAUGUACCCUGGGCUGAAGUCUAACUGGGAAAGGAAGCUUAACUGGCUCAAGCUCCUCUUAAAAAUAGGCUGUCACAGGCCAAUAUGCACAGCACAGAUUGGCCGUGGUUUGUGCUUUGUGAUUGCUAACGGUUUCUACUGUUCCAGUUCAAGGUCAUCACCGCUCAGUGAUGAACACUGCCCCUUCCUAUAGAUCCAUGUGAAGUCGAGAUAGAGGGGCAGAGUGGCUACAACCUGUAAAUAGGCACAUCACACAAAGAAGUUGUUUUGCAGACCUUUAUAGGUUAGACCUCAGCUGGAGCACUGGGCCCAUCUCCAAGGGCCACACUUUAACACAGGGCCCAGCCGCUGGGGGGGGUGUCUGUGGAAGAGACUUCAGCUCUGUGGAGAGAUCAGUGCUUGGGCAACCUUUUCUGACAUCCACUACUCGACACUGGGUGUAUUUAAGGCAGAGAUUGAAGGAGCUAAAGGGAGAAUGAGGUGAGAAAAAGAAGUCAGCCAUGACUGAAUUGUGCAGCAGGCCCAAGGGCUGGAUGACCAAAUCCUGAUUCUGUAUCUUGUGGUGUUAGUGUUGGUUCCUGUAUCUUGUGGUAUUAGUAUAAACAAGAUCUGAGGUUUGCUAGGGAUCUGCAAUUCUUGUAUCUGAACUGCCAUGUAGCUCAGUAGUACGUGCAAUAGUUCAGCCUCCACAAAUACCAUUUACACCAUAAGGUGUCCGACAAUGACUGUCUCCUAACAGGGAAUCCAUUGACUUAUCCUUGACGUUCAAUGGUAUCACAAUUAUUGAAUUCCCACUGGAAACUUAACUAGAUCCACCACAUGAAUAGUAUAAUAGAGUCAUACAAUAUGGAAACAGGCCUUUCAGCCCAAUUUCAAUGCCCACUUAAGAAGGUCUCAUUUGGCCCAUAUUGCUGUAUUUCCUAUCCAUGUACCUAUCCAAAUAUCUUUUAAAAGUUGUUAUGGUAAUCUGCCAGAUUACCUUCUCUGCAGCUUGUCCCAUAUACUGAGGAAGUACUGUGUGAAGAAGUUGCCUCUCAGCUUCCUUUUCCCCUCUCACCUUAAGCCUAUGCCCAGACUUGGAUAAAAGACUGAGUGCAUUUACCGUGUCUGUGCCUCUUCGAGACUUCGCCCUUCUAGACUUUAAUUGAAUAAAGUUGUAGCCUGCCCAACCUCUCCCUGUACGUCAGGCCCUCAGGUCCUGGCAAUAUUCACACAAGUCCCUUGGGUCUUGUAUAGAACACCUGCCUGAACGAGUGCAUCUCCAACAACACUCUAUAGGAAAAAGCAGCCUGCUUCAUUAUUAUCCAGUCCACUGCCCAGAGAGUUUACUCUCCUCACACUUGCACCCAGAAGCAACGGUGUAAAGGACACAACGUUACUCACACAGGCUACUCUGAGAUCUCCCAACCCCUGAGCUCCGUCAUCCUGAGUGGCGUGGUCAGCAGGUACGGUGGAACGUCACCACCUGUAGGUUCCUCUUCAAGUCACACGUCAACCUGUCUCAGAAAUAUCUUGCUGCUCCUUCACUUUCACAGGAUCUAAACUCUAACUCCCUCCCUAACAGCACCCUCAGCAGGUAAGAAGGUGGUUCACUCCCACCUUCCCAGGGCCGAGAGGGAUGCGCAAUAGAUACUGGCCCUGUCAGUGAUACCCGCAGCUCAGAAAUAAAUAACUAAAAACCCAAACGUGAUUCUCCCUGCAUCUGAAAAAAUGACUAACUAUGCAACUGACAACUCACUUCUGAGUGCUGUAUAUGUGCGAAUAAUUCAAAACAAAUGAAAGCUUUGCACAACUCUAAUUCGGCUGCAUCUGGCAUAUUGCAUUCAAUUCUGGUUGCCCCCUUAUAGGAAGCAUAUGGAGACUUUGGAGAGGGAGCAGAAGAGUUUUACCACGACGCUGUCCAGAUUAGAGGGCAUUUUCUAUAAGCAGAGGCUGGACAAAUGUGAGUUGCUUUCUCUGGAGGGUGAGGGGAGUACUGAUAGAGUUUAUAAAAUUAUGAGGGGCAUGGAUAGAUUAGACAUUUGGAAUUGAAAUGGCUAAUAUGAGAGGGCUUACAGUUAAUGUGACGUGCAAGUUGAAAGGAGGUGCAGAGCAAGUUUUCUACAGGGUUCGAGGUGGGUGGCUGGAAGGCUCAUAGUUGAGGCAAGUACAGUACAACAGGGGCAUUUAAGAAGAUCUCAGAUGGUGGAGGCAGAUGAGAUUGGUUGAGUUAGGCAUUUAAUAACCAGUUAACUAGCCUGGUACAACAUGCUGAGCUGAAGGGACUGUUCUGUGCAGUACUAUUCUAUGAUCUAUGCACCAUCUUUUCUGACCUCAGGACUGCCAAAAGCACUUUAUAGGCAAUGAAAUAGCUAUGGAAAUGUGGGCGGUGUGAUAAUGCAGGAAACACAGCUGCCUACUAACACACAGUGAGAUCUCACAAAGAGUAAUGUGGUAAACAACCAAAUGAGCUGCUGGUUGUAGAAUAAACUGGUCCCAGGAUGCUGGAGGCUGCUCAUCUGUGCUUAAUAUGAGAGGGACAAUGAGGCCUCAGUUUAAUGUUUGAUCCAAAUAAUAAUUCCUCCUUGACAAUCCAGCAAUCCCUUUAUUCAUUUCCACUUCCUCAAUCCCGUCUCUCUGUCUGUCUGCCUCCCAACUAUCAUUCAUUUCUCUCUUGUAUCCCAACUUCAGCUCUGCUCCCCUCCCUUAUCUGGCACUUCCUGCCUGUCAUCUUACAUCUCUCCUCAGUUCACCUAUCACCUCAGAAUCCUUUCUCACCCCUCCCAUUCUCUUUAUACUGGCCACCUUGCCCCUCCACUCUCAGUACUGACACGGGGUUUCUGCGCGAAACGUAGACAAUUCCUUCUCCACAGAUGCUGUGUGACCUGCUAAUCUCCUCCAGCGGUUCGUUAGUCCGUCAGCACUGAAGACUCAGACUGCUUUUUGGAUGUUGGGCAUCAUUUGUUAAACUUUACGUGCUUAAUUAAUUAUCUUAAAUUUCUGCAUAAUUAACAGCACCUAACUGAAAUGUUGAUGUUUAACUUCAAAGUCACUUCCACUCAGGAAAAUAAACCACAUUUGCUGCUGUAAGAUUUUAAUUUGAUGUAGUCAGUGUUGUUCAGCAGAUACUGAAGUUCCAAUCCACAAGGCAGUUGCAAGAAUGUUUACUUCAAAAUAAACUUAGAUGGUUAAAUGUACAAGCAGCCAGAAGACCACAGAUUUCUGUUGUAGUAUUUCAGUUCCAACAGAACAGGAAGGUGAACAAACAUAAAAAAAAUUUUAAAUGCCUUCCCAUUUCCAAAGAAUUUCAUUUUAAAACAUUUUUGGCACAAUCUUUAACUACAAAAGGGAUUAUCCUGUAGAUGGGAUUCUUUUUUCUGAAUUGAUUUACUGAAUUUUAGGUUUUUUUCCAAGAAAUUAUGUAAUUGUCAUGUUAAGUUUGAAGAUGAAAAGGACUUUCAAAAGUCAGAAACACUGCAGGUGUUGAAAGUGUGCAGUUAAUUUGAAAAUGUUGGAAACACUCAACAGACCAGGCAGUGCCUGUAUCGAGACAGAGCCAGAAUUAAUAUAUUAGCUUGAUGCUCCUUCAACAGAACCAGCAACUUUCAAUUGGCCCAUACAGUGGAAAUAUGGACUACUUUUACCUGGGAAUAAAUAAAUUAGUCCGUGGAUCAAGAGACUGCAGAGGGCUGUAGAUUCAGUCAGAUCCAUCGUGGGCACAACCCUCCCCACCACUGAAAUUAACUUCAAGAUGUGAAUCUUCAAGAAGCUUGCACCCACCACGAAAGGCCAGUAACAUCCAGGACAUGCCCUCUUCUUAUUACUACCAUUGGGGAGGAGGAACAGGGGAAGCCCACUCAAUGACAAACAGCUUCUUCCCCUCCACCAUCAAAUCUCUGAAUGUUCUCAUGAACACAAUUUCGCUAUUCCUUUAUUUCCUGUCUAUUGAUUUAUUUUUUAUAACUUAGUGUUUUUUUAUCAUUACUCUGCCACAAAACAAGAUAGAUUAUAUAUGUCAGUGAUAUUCUGAUUCUACGAGAUAAAUACCAUCAUCGGUUUUUAUUUCCAUCUAUGCCUUGUCAAAUCAUAUGGGAUAUGAAACUUAGCUGAUGUUAGAAUCCAUGGCCAGCCUGUUUGGCAAAUGACAGGAAAUGAUCCAAGGCCAGAGUGACCUUUAAGCAGCUGCCAUUCUCUCUGCCACACGGCCAGAGUCUAAUGAGGUGAAGAACUCGCUCAGGCAGCAAGGUUCACAACUGGACUUUGAAGGAUCACAAGACUGUGUCAUGUGUCUGCACUUGUAAUAACAUUCCUCUGACCAUCAAAUUAAUAACAUCCGUAAACUGAUCAAUUGGCUUAUUAUUGGCACAUAUUGAGAUACAGUGAAAAAACUUACCUUGCAUACCAUCCAUACAGAUUAUUUCAUUACAACAGUACAUCAAAGUAGUACAAGGUAAGAUUAAAAAAUUCAUAAUAAGGUGUUUCAAGCAACAUGUAUUGCAGACAGACAAUAAGGUGCAAGGUAGAUUAUGAGGUCAAGAGUCCAUCUUAUACUAGGGGACUGUUCGAUAGUCUUAUAACAGCAGGAUGGCAGUUGUCAUUGAACACUGUUGGGACAGUAUUUUGGAGCUAUACAAACUAUAAGUAUAUUUCUAUAUAGCUGAGCUUUCCCUGAACUGCUUUCAAUGCUUGUUUACCAUAUGUCAAUAAAACCCGAGCCUGUUGUUAUGUGAUGGGUUUGAGGGUACAAAA